AACCAAGAGAAGGAAGAAUGGAAACAAGGAGAAAUGGUUCUAAAAUAGUAUUCUUUCGCCGCUUCUCAUGGCUGUAUGUAGCCAUGUUGUUGGUAAACAAGGCCGUGGCAUUUUCGGAAACAAAAGCAAAACGCCCACGCCGUCGGCCAUCGAAGCCUGCGCCGUCACUGCAGGUCAGGCUCCAGGGUUGCUUUACACCCGCUAGUAUUCUGAAGGACGUUGCGGUGUCGUUGACGCCGAAGAACGAUUCCUCCGGAACGCUGUCCAGCGUGACUCUUGUACGACUAUCUAAACAACUGGUGUCUUUGGAAAACAAACGCAACAACAGCUAUGAAGAUGACACUAAAUCCGCAGGAGGAGUUUUUACAAUAUACAAAAGAGACCAGAAGUUAUGGCAUAAAGGAUUAACCAACGCCGUGAAGUGUUUGGUUUCGUCAGACUGGGAAGAAUCUGAGAAUUCAUUGGAAGCGGCUGUGGAAGGAAUCAAGGCUGCGUCCGUGAUAUCUCGACUCUUACCAAAAUGCGAGGACUCCAACGCUGACGGGAUCAACCACACGCUGUGGUGGAAUCCGCUCUUGAAGAAAAUCGUACAAGAUGACCUCCAUCUUGCAACUAUCAUCCAACCUCACCAAUUGUCUGCCUUGAAGUGGUCGAUCGAUUGCUUUCGGCUUUCGACGAAUUACGAAGACAUUUCAAUCGAGUCACUGCCAGUGUGCUUACAAAAGGCUUACGACGAUCUAGAUUUGCCCUUUCUAAUACGCCCUGGAUUUUUGACGAACAUUUCUUCUUCAUCCCGAAACGACGAGAGUGAUUUCACGCUGUCGUCCUUCGUAGAGCAAGUGGACUUCAAGGCAGAAACAAUCCAAACCACGUCGAAACGUGCUGUUGUUGAGAGGCGACAAACAGCCUGGCAAGGAGACGAACACGUUGCCCCCUUCGAAUAUUCAGGAAAGUCUAUGGAACGAGUGCCUUGGUCACCAGUAGUAGCCAGUGUGAGAGACCGUUUGUGCCAAGAAACAUCUCACUACUACGACGGUUGCUUGCUCAAUUUAUACCCCGAUGGUGGGUCGGGUAUGAGGUAUCAUAUCGAUCCGGACCAGGGAGUCUACUGGGGGUUCGAAACUGUUGUUGUCAGCAUUGGAGCUACUCGACGGUUCGGUUUUCGGUCUUUAGCUGGCAACAACAAUGCCGAUGGUCCCCCAUCUAAGAAUAAUAUUUCUGAGAAAGGAACGAAAAGCCCCAAACCACACACAUUUGUAUUGAUGGACGGAGAUGUGACAGAGAUGGUUCGUGAUUGCCAAGAACGUUUCCAGCAUACUGUCAAGACAGCCGAAUUCAAGGGAGAAACUGCACCCCGUGUGAGCUUGGUGUUCAAGAAAACCUUAGCAAACUAGAGAAACAAAGAGGAUCGACUCGGAAAUACUUCGUACCAUUUGGUCGAUCUACAUUGUACCAAUAAAAGAAUAAUUUGUGA